AAAGAAAAACGGUUAUAUAAAGUCGAAUUGCGGGGGUUUUAGUUUUGUCCAAAUAUAAGUAGUAGAAAGAGGGAAUUCGGAGUUCCAUAUCAUAAACCCUAUAUCGCCCUUUCCCAGAAUCAGAAUCUGAAUCUGGGUUGAAGCUCGUGCCCUGGUCUUUUCCCCUCCAUCUAAUUUCACUUCACUUCGCGAUGAGGAGCCUGAUUUCGAGCGCCAAACUCAUGGCAAGUAGCAGAGCCUGGGCUCGACCAUGUGGGAUUGGAUUCGGGGGAGCUCGCAGGAGCUACGGUCUGAUCCCUAUGGUCAUCGAGCACUCCUCUCGAGGAGAGCGAGCCUACGACAUCUUUUCCCGCCUUCUCAAGGAGCGUAUUAUCUGCAUCAAUGGCCCUAUCUCCGACGACACUGCCCACGUCGUCGUCGCUCAGCUCCUCUUCCUCGAGUCUGAGAACCCUUCCAAGCCCAUUCACAUGUACAUCAACUCCCCCGGUGGACACGUCACUGCAGGUCUUGCGAUAUAUGACACUAUGCAGUACAUUCGAUCACCAAUCAGUACCAUUUGUUUAGGUCAAGCUGCAUCAAUGGGUUCUCUUCUGUUAGCUGCAGGUACCAAGGGUGAGAGGCGUUCACUUCCAAAUGCAACAGUCAUGGUACAUCAGCCUUCUGGUGGGUAUAGUGGGCAGGCAAAAGAUAUGACAAUUCACACGAAACAAAUAGUUCGGGUGUGGGAUUCUUUGAAUGCUUUGUAUUCAAAGCACACAGGGCAGUCAGUAGAGAUAAUUCAGAAGAACAUGGAUAGAGAUUACUUUAUGACACCAGAAGAAGCAAAGGAGUUUGGGAUAAUCGAUGAAGUUAUUGACCAAAGACCAAUGGCUCUUGUGACUGACGCGGUUGGCAAUGAAGGCAAAGAUAAAGAUAAAAGCUCCAAUAAGGAUUAGAGGGUUUCUUUCUACCGGUAAUAGUCUAAUACAACACUUAACGACUAAUGACACGGCUACCUUUCUAAUGGACAUUGUUUUACUUUAUUGUCACUGGCUCACUGUAAAUGAGAUUCCUGGAUUGGGCACCUUUAUUUGGCAUUCUCUCUCUGUGACGUGUAUUAUUUUUUUUCCCUACGAAUGAUUUUCUAAUUUUUUGGGUUAUAAUUUUACAUUUUUUUUUUUGUUUUUUUGUUGAGAAAGGUUGUAAUUUUACAUUUAAGAAAAUGUUAAAUACAAUGCUUUUUUUUUU